UCUCUUCUACGUGACUUUACUGAAAGAACCAAGAAUAUGAAUCCCUGCAGUCAUGAAAGCUUUAGAUCGAAAUUUAACUUGUUUGUUAUGUUCUCUACUGUUCUAUUCCAAUGUUCUGUGAAUUCUGAAUGUGUUUUGGCAUUUUCAUCAUAUUUCCAAAAUCUCAUUUUCUUUCAUCAUCAAGCAUUUUGCUCGUUUUCUGUUGCCCUCCGGCAUUUGGGGUCCCAUAACCUGCCAGCGAGGCUUGAACAGUUCACAUGGUGUAAAAUAGCACUUAACCUGACAGAAGAACGGUGGUGAUGUCACCACAACAUUUUCCUGUGUUUGUGUGUCUUGGUCUAAAAAGCUCCAACAUCAGCACCCAAGGACCUCACGGUGGUGACCCGUGAAGGAAAGCCACGCACUGUCCUGGUCAAUUGGCAACCCCCAGCAGAGUCCAAUGGAAAGAUUACCGGAUACAUGAUCUACUAUUCAGCGGACGUGAACAUGCAGCUGCAUGACUGGGUGGUGGAGCCUGUGGUGGGAGACCGCCUAUCACACCAGGUGCAGGAGCUUACCCUGGACACCAUCUACUACUUCCGCAUGCAGUCGCGGAAUGCCAAAGGAAUGGGGCCUGUGUCAGACCCUGUCCGCUUCCACACACCAAAAGCUGAAUCACCUGACAAAAUGGCAAAUGAUCAAGCUCAGGGCUCGUUCAGCCGUGUCUUUCCCAGGAGGGACAACAGGCCUGGAGACAUGAACCAGGGUGACCGUACCUUUGGUGGUGGUCAGAUUAAUGGGAGCCGGCCUUCAAAUGUGGACAACACCACACUUGUGGUGAUUAUUGUAUGUGUUGGAGUCAUCACCAUCAUCGUCAUUGUCCUUGUGGCCAUCAUCUGCAAUCGUCGCAUGGCUGCUGAGCACAAGAAGCGCGCGGCAGCCUGCAGCUCCAAGAGAAAAAGCCACGCACUGGACUUGAGUCCACCGGACCUGUGGAUACACCAUGAGCGUUUGGAGAUGAGAACUCUGGUGAAGUCCGCUUCAGGCGCCGAGUCUGGAGUCACAGAAACUCCUGUGUCACGCCACUCACAGGAAAUACACACCAUCGAGCCCUGUACCAUUGACAGCCUUACAAGACGCAACUCUUACAUUGUGCACGAGGGAGAAGACUGUGCCACACUGUCGUCCCGCCGGUCUAUGAGGUCCAACGUCAUGAUUCCACUUGACAGCCAACAGUCCGUGCAAUCUGCCCCUUGCCAUCACACCAUGGAUCACACUCAUCACCUCUCAAACUGCAUUCUGCCCUCCCCUGGGAGUCCCCAAGUGCUUGGACAUCUCGACCUGACCUAUACUGGCCAGCGGGGCAUCGGCACCAUUACUGCUGCCGACACAGUACACACCACGCCAAGUGUGGAAGAGGCUCCCAUUGGGCCAAGUGCUGUGGAGAGGGAUGCGACCCAUGAGGAGGAGAUCUGUCGCUCAAUGUCAGUGGGGCAUAUGCGACCAUCUCAGACCUUCUCCAGUUUCGCCACGCUGAGUACCCCAACCAGCCCACUGGACAGUUCUACUGCUCCACUGCUACCACAGAGUGGCACAGCAGGACAAGGCGCGCCUGUGCGGACAGCUUCCGUGGGGCCUGUGGGGUGGUCACGCUCACCCCUCCCCGUCACCGUGCCUAGUGCCCCAGGAUUGCUCGAGGCCAAGCAUAUGCUGCAUGACACUGAUGAUCAAGACACAACUGAUGACCUUAGUCUGGAGAUGGCAAGUCUGGAAGGUCUCAUGAAGGAUCUCAAUGCCAUCACUUCUGAAUUCUAAAACGCAGUAUCAAAUCAUUUUGAGUUUCUGCUGCUGAGCAGAAAUCAACGUUGAAAAACUUUCUCCUCUCAGUCACACCUGGAUUUUGAAAAUGUCAUUUCUACAUGGAACUGGAUGAUGAAGAACGUUGCAGGGGCUUUGAAUUUUUUUUUGUAUGUUGGGGGAAUGGCAAUUGGAGCUCAUUUUCAAGAGAAAGAACAUCUCCUGGAUAGAUGAGUGGCUGUAUGACUCGAAAAGAUUGCUCUCCAAGCUGUGUAGAAUAGCAGUUUUCUUGGAUUGUAGCGAACCUAGAGAGAAUUUUAAUAUUUUGUUAGUUUUAAGGUCUACUUUGAUAUUGAUGAAUACCAUAGUUUAACACACUCAGGCUUUACUUAAAAAAAGUGCAGAAAGUUGCACAGGUCUACAGAGUUUUCUGAAAUUAAAUAAAAACAAGAGUUAUAUGUAUUGAAAAAUAUUAUUUCGCCGACAUACAUUUUGAAGGUUUUGGAAACGGCUUGUAUUACAUUGUAUGCAUUUGAUUACCGCAGGAUUACUGGAAAACUGCGAGACUUUCAUGGUAAAAAAGUCAAUGUAGCCCAAUUAAUGUGUUACAUGUUUAUUUGUGCUAAUUUGUCUGAAUAUUUAUAAUAUGUUUUAAGAACUAAAUGAACGUGUCAUCUCUUACACAUGUUUAUACAAACUGAGCUGGACAUCAGCCUCUCCUGGGCAUUUAAUUACUUUGUGCAACUUUGCAUAUGAUUGUUGCUGAAGUUUCAUGUAUGGAGUUCGGUUAUUUAUUGUAUUUUAUUUUAAAAAUGGAUUGCAACAUUUUCCAUGUUUCUUUACAUAAAAAAUAUAUGAACCAAAUUGAAUUGGCCUUUUUUUAUUAGAAUUUGUAACAUUAAUCAGCAAUACAUAGUUUAAUUAAAAAUGUCUUUAAAAAAAGUGUUUUUGUCUAAUAUUUAAGUGAACUGUUGUAUUUUAAGACGUAGAUUUAGUCAAUGGAUUCCAAGGCAACACUUGCAGGAAUAAAUCUAAGGCAUAUUUAAUUUCCUUGGACUGGGACACACUUCUAAAAAUACUUUUUCAUGACCCUCACCCCACCACUUAUGUGAAAUGUACUCCUAAAUAACAAAAAACGCAACACAAUCAUCAAUAACAUUGCCAUAAAAUGAACAUGUGAUUUGUGACAGUUCGUUUAAGACAGUGUUUAUUAACCAAUGUGCUGAUUUUGUGCUGGGCUUGCACCACAGCCAACACGACAUAAAAUAAUUUGUUCUGAUAGAAACUACAGACUAAGCGAGAAAUAUAAUACUUGAAUAUAGUGACAGUGCAACCAGUAUAGUGACAGGAAAAUAUGAGACAAUGCAUUUUCAAAAAUGUGUAUACUUUAAACACAGUGCAUCUGGCAACAGUGUAGAAUAUAGAUAUUGAUUCUAUCAGGGCAUGUGAAGUGGUUUCAAGACAAUAAGAAUUUGAAGGUAUUGGCAACCAGAUAUGGGCAUGCUAAAAGGAGCGUGUGUGUUUUUUUUAAGAAUAGAAAGGCAUUGAAAUGUGCACCACGUUGCUUGCUAAGGCCC